AUGAUUGGCAGAAUAAAGAUCCUCAUAGUCUCUACACUCUUAUUCACCCAUACUUGCCACUGUGGAGACGAAGAAAGGGUUGUAGAAAGACAGCCCUUGCCAUGUGAUGAUGCAGAUCCUCCAGAGCUCCCACAUGCACAGCCCAGUGGUCAUAAUGAACAAGCGGAAGAUUCAGGCUUUAUACUCGACCUUUCAUACCCAAACUCUAGGAUCCACAGGUCCUUUCACUACAAUAGCGACGAUAACCACAUUAGACUAAUCAUUCCGGAGGAUGAUGCAAGGAUUAGAAAAGUCGUUAGCGGACAGGAAGAAGUAUGGAUUCCCGGAAGAGGCGAAAAGUUUGAGUAUGCCAAAGUAUUCCUAAAGAACAGAGUUCCAUCUCUAGUCUUUAUUGUCAAGAGUAAAAAUACUGCAACAUGGAAAUGGUACGUAAAGACCGGGAACAAGUGGAAGGAGUGUGGAAGAACCUACAAUAACGAAAUGUACAAACUCAGGAUUCCUGUGGAAAAGAAGGAGGACUUUGCCCUUGAAAUAAACGAUUCUCAAGACACUGAUAAAUGCAGGAUAUUCGAGACCAAGAUCCUGGGAUCACCCAUCAAGCUCUACUUUCCAAAACCUGGCUACCACGUUCAGGAGGUAAAGGACACUGAGACUACCAUAUGGAAAGCCUCUGAAGGCACAGAUGAGAGGUGUGUAUCCUGCAAUCUGUUUUCUGAAUAUGGCAAACCUUCGUUCUUUCUCCUGAAAGUUAGGGAAAAGAACUUGCUGAGACUCGUUUACUUUGAAAAGGAGAAUAACGGUAGAUGGUCGUACAUAAACUCAAAUCAGUUUAACAAGAGACUCUCAAAGAUACGAACCAUGCAUCCCACUAGCGGUUACUUGUUCGAGGAUAUUGUCGCAAAUGGAAAGUCAGAGUCUCGAGUCUCAGAUCCGAAUUCAGCCAAAAACCCAAUCACAUGGUUGACCGGAUGUAUAGAUGCAAUAAGGGCUGGAAUACCAUCUCCGACAUCUCAUCGUCUCCUAUGGAAUCCACCUGGAUUUGGCGGUGGAUACAAGGUCGAAUCAGCGGAUUGUGAAGGGGAAAGGGAAGCAAAAAGCAACCAACCAGUCCAAGGAGUGACAUGGAAACAAGUGGAUGACUCUCAUGCAGAUUCCCAGGAUGUUGAAGAAAAGGAAAAGAAUGACUGA